UUUCUGUUUUGCUUUUUUUUGUGGUGACAGACGGUCUGUGUUCGUCUCUUACGCCGCCAUCUUGGCAAGCUCGGAAGUUAGCAUAGCUGCAAAAUAAAAGAGCGACAGCAAAAAAGAAAAUAGCCAGCAAACGCUGUAUGUACGUCCUACAACGACGACCAGGAACACGGGGUGGCGGGCAGCGUGUUAAAGUGUACAUUUUUUUCUCCCGACUUGUCUGCAACAGCAAAAUGUUUCAAGAGGCCGUAAGGGAGGGACUUAUUCAUAUUGCGGCUGCCGACCAAAUAUUGGGACAAGUGGGGAGUAAGUUAGCGUCAUACGAGGAGCAGCCACCAGGAGAGCAACAGGAUCACAGACACGCGUGUCAGUGGAAGGACUGCGGCUGCUAUGCUCCGGGAGUGUCUCCACCCACCUUCGCACUCAGCAGCUCCUCCACACUUGGCCGCCGGCAAGGCUACUCCACCUCCGUUCCCAGCAGAGUUGCCGGAAGCAGUCUGAAGCAGUCAUAGUUCCUCCUUCCUCCAUUCCAGCAUGACCAGCACAAGUUCAAUACCAACCUGGGGGGCUCAGGAUACAGAAUCAGAUCCCUCUACCUCUAAAAACGGGGACCCCCUGUCCAGUCCUAAUGUUUUCUGCAAGCUGUGCCUCUGCGAGCAUCUGCCUGAACUCACCAGAGCACUGCACAGCUGCGAGUGCAUCUUCUGUACAACUUGUCUCCAGCAAUAUGUUCAGCUGACCAUCAAGGAGGGUGGGGGUGCACCCAUCACCUGUCCAGAUAUGGCUUGCAGAAAGACUGGACUUCUACUUGACUCUGAGAUAGCUGACUUGGCCUCUGCAGAUCAGACUAAGCUGUAUCAGCGUUUGAAGUUUGAGAGAGGAGUGAAGAUGGAUCCUUGUAAAAUCUGGUGUCCGGUGCUUGAAUGCCAGGCCGUGUGCGAUGUGCCGCCGGGCACCGAGGGCCAGCCUUCAGCUGCGUCGUGCCCCGUUUGUCAUGCAGUCUUCUGCUCUUGGUGCAGAGAACCUUGGCAGGGGAGGCACACCUGCCCAGAGCGCCAACCCAUGAUGUCACACACUCAUGAAAGCAGGGACUGCCGCAACAGCGACUCAGAGUUGCAAAUCAAACAAUGUCCAAUGUGUGGCAUCUACAUUGAACGGAACCAGGGCUGUGCUCAAAUACUCUGCAAGAGCUGCAAACACACCUUCUGUUGGUACUGUCUGCAGAAUCUGGAUGGUGAUAUUUUCCUCAGGCAUUAUGAUAAAGGGCCUUGCAGAAACAAACUUGGCCACUCCAGGGCUUCGAUUAUGUGGAACCGAACACAGGUGGUGGGAAUCCUGGUGGGGAUCAGCAUUGUUGUGCUGGUCACCUCUCCGCUCCUCCUGCUGGCCUCGCCGUGCAUUCUGUGCUGCCUCUGCAAGCCCUGCAGAGUGAAGAAGAAGAAAAGAAAGAAGGACCUCAGUCAGCCAGACUCCUCCACAUAGCAGCUUUCCUGUUGGGCCACUAAACCAGGCUCCUGGGGGCAGCAAAUGGGAGCCUUGACAGUGAUGACAUCAAUAAGUACACAUAAUCAGCAAGUGAAAAAAAUUCAGCCAUUAUGCCCAAAGAGAGGCAAUAAACACAAAGUGGUGGAUCUUGCACUCAUGCACUUCAACCCUCUCUUAAGUACAGUAUCAAUGUCAUGAUGCCAAAUGAGAGGUUCUCAAGUGCCUCACUCUUUCUCGUGCCUGGUGCUGGGUUGCAUUUGUUUCACCUUUUUCUUAUUCAACCUUUAGAAUGUAAGCGUCACUAUUAAGUCUAAAUAAUGUCAAAACAAUGAAACAAACUAUCCCAUGUGCACCUUAUUCUUUAGUGAAACAUCAUAGGGACUGUUCAGUGCACAAAAAAUGUAUUCCACUGCAAAUAUGUUUUUUUUCCCCCCCAUGUGGCCUACGCUCAUGAUUAAGGCUAUAAAAAGCAGGGGCCACCAACAUUUUUUUGCGCCAUAUCAAUGUUUUCAUGGAAUCCCUGAGAAACAAAAACAAAUAAAGUUACAGCUCAUGCCGAAUGUAGAUCUAAUUUAAUGGGAGCCCAGGGAUUGUUUCUAUCAUCCUGAGGUAAUGGGAGGCAAUGGCACAAGAAGUGUGUUUCAUAAUACUCAUGUCAAGUCAUCUUAGUGAUACUGCAAGGAUAAAAACAGAAACUGGAAUUCAGUCCAUCUCUGGAUAUUCUGCAUUGAUUUAAUUCCGGCUAGUCUUUAAUUGCAGUUGCGUGGCAAACGCAGUCUUGAAAUCUACAGUACAUGCUCCAUUUGCGAGCCGUUGGAUGCUGAGUGGGAUUUGUUUAUGACAAUUGCCUGAAGUGAAACGGCGACAAACCUGCUGAUAAUCCCCCUUACGUGCAUCUCACUUUGAGGAAGUUGUUUCUUGUCUUUUUCUGUCCCAUCAUUUGGCCUUUUCCCCUUUCCAAAGAAUCUCUACAAAGAGUUUUUUUUUUAACUAAUUUUUGAUAGCUUGUAGGACUACUUGUUUUUUUAACUACCAAAUCACUUGACUGAAAUCACAGUUUGACGUGUACAGAGGCACAGAUGCACCUGAUUUUCUGGAUGUCAUUAAAAGUCAUGAUCAUAAAAUAUCUUGAAUGCAAUCUCUCCGUGGCGGUGCUUGGGUAGUGCUGCUUUCAAGGGUAGUUCACAUUUGAACAUCUACUGCAUAUUUUGUUUUUGUUUGUCAGCAAAAGAAUUUUUGAUUUUCUAAAAAUUAAAUAAAGACACUGUAUCGAAUGUGUAACUUGGGAUUGUUCUUAAAUUGACAACACAUUUAUUAUCUCAUUAAUCUUGCAAGUCAAAGUUGUUGACAUAAAACAAGUCGGGGAGAAAAAAAAUGCUAUCGUUUUUCAGGUUCUUGCAGGAUAGAAAACAUAGUAAUAUGAUAUAUCAUGAUUUCGGAGGUCUGAAUGGAAAAUGCAAAAUCAACCCAGGCAUGUAAGUUUAGAGGUUUGUGUUUAAGGAUCAAGGCCAAUUUCCACCGUUUUUUUCUUUUUAACACAAUUGCUAUAAAAGCCAAACAACACUGUGACUAAAACAUACAGUAUAACCCGAUUGAUGGUUAUUUCAAUGUUUAGCCAAAUCAAAAAAGAUGAAUGAGUUGGAUUUAUGCAAUAAACAUUAUAACCUUAACAACUACUGGAAAAAGACAACUCCUUUGGAUACAGAAGCAUCUUUACAUAUAUGUAUAUUCCCCCCUGGUCUAAUCAAGCCUCUGAAUAAAACUACUACUGUAUACAGUACCUGCUGUAUUACACUAUAGCAA